AUAACAAUCCUUCCUGGAGGGAGAAGGAGAACUGUGAACUGUCAUCCGCUCGAAUUACAUUGGAUUAGUCAUUAUUGACGAAAAAAAAGUUUCAAUUCCACUGCUACUUAUUUCUUUUCCAUUCGGCGCUGUUAACCGUGAUAAAUAAAUACAGAGCGUAAAAAUGUUUUCAAGUGGACCGAAUUAUACGAAAUUAAAGACGAAUCUUAGACUCGCUAUAAAUAGGUUAAAGCUUUUGGAAAAGAAGAAAACAGAAUUGGCGCAGAAAGCGAGAAAGGAAAUUGCCGAUUAUAUUGCGGCAGGCAAAAUCGAGAGAGCCAAAAUAAGAGUUGAACACAUUAUUCGAGAAGAUUAUAUGGUCGAGGCUAUGGAACUUUUGGAAAUGUAUUGCGAUCUGUUGCUGGCAAGAUUCGACUUGAUUCAGCAAAUGAAAAAUCUUGAUGAUGGACUAGCCGAGGCAAUAUCAACGGUGAUAUGGGCUGCGCCUAGAAUUCAGACCGAUGUUCAGGAGCUAAAAGUCAUUGCGGACAUCCUAACAUCAAAGUACGGUCGUCAGUACACUGAAGCCUGUCGCGAAGAAGCCGUACAAAGUAUUUCAGAGAAACUGAAACACAAAAUGAGCAUUCAAAUGCCCUCCAAACUUUUGGUCGAAAAGUAUUUGAUUGAAAUUGCUAAUAAUUCGAAUUUGGAGUAUGAGCCAGAUCCCCAGGUUAUGGCCGAAGGUCAAGAUGCUAUGUUGAUUGAUGUUGGAAGCAGUGGUGGAAAUCUUCCUAAUAAUCUGGAUUUAGCUAGCGGUGGAGCACCACAGCCUUUGGGUUUCAUAGGAUUCCCACAGCCUCCGCUAUUGCCUGACCCUUCGUCAAAUCUAAAUGUUAUGGGCCCUGAUAAGAAUCAUGCUCCCCUGGGGUUCGUUGCUCCAGCUUCAGGUCCAACGACUACAAAAGAUCAAAAUGUACCGUUCAAUCCAGCUGCAUUUUCGUACAAUAUUCCACUGGACAAUGCAAACGCGAACAAAGAGGAUGACUUACCACCUCCGUAUUGUUCAUUUCCACCAGACCUCAACAAGCAGUCUGAUCAAAAGCCGAAGCCUCAACCACGAUCAAAAAUACCAAUGAACGAUUUCCAACUACCCGAUUUACCAGCUGUUCCAUCGGACCAGGAUCCGACUCGGAAUACCGGUGACAAUGAUGACAUUGAUUUUGAUGACCUCAUGAAACGUUUCGAAGAUUUGAAGAAACGAAAGUAACCUCGCCACGGGAAGUACAUUUUUUUUACAACGAAUGGCAAGAAGGGAAAAAUGAAGAGGAAUAAUAUAAGUAGCGUAUUCUACAACUUGAAUAUGAAAGGGUAACUCCACGUUUUUUAUCACCUACGCUAUGAAUCGAAGUUUUAACUUUAAUAAGGUGAUCCAAGUUCCCCACAAAUGAGAAUGUAAUGCGGGCAUACACACAAUGUUAAUUCUAAAUACAUAACAAUUAUUAUUAUCAUGUAUAUAAGAGCGUAUGUACAGAAUAAGUCUGACUGAUGAAGUGCUUUGAAUUUUUUUGCUUUCUCUUUAAAUAAAUAUAAUGAAUAUUUUGCUUUCA